AUGCAUCCAUCUCUCGGCCUCCUGGCCUGUCUGUCAUUCGCAAUCAGCACUGCUUUCGCUCAGCCGAUUACUGUCACCGUCCAGACUCCGCCAGCUCCCGUACCGCGAGGAGAGACCUGGUCGGACAUCUGUCUGCCGGCGCCGACGGUUUUCAUCAGUGUGACUGAAACUGAAUAUGUGUCGCUCACUUCCACAACCACCGCUUCUUACCAUGACACAACCACUCUACCAAUCACGAUAUUUCAGACUGUUAUCUCAACAACCAUAUUGACUACGACCGAGAUAGUGACGGAAACAUCCACAACGGUCUCGAUUUCGCCAUCUACUGCGACGUUGACAGAAACAUCAGUAACUGUGUCGAUUAGCCCUACCACUGCCACAUUGACGGAGACAUCAAUCACCGUAUCGAUCAGCCCGACUACUGAUACGCUGACGGAGACAUUAACCACUGUAUCAAUCAGCCCUACCACUGACACGCUGACGGAAACAUCGAUCACGGUCUCCAUCACUCCCACCACUGCCACCUUGACGGAAACAUCAACCACUGUCUCGACUACUCCAACCACAGUGACGGCAACUGAGAUUAUCUCGUUGUACUCAGUAACUUCCCAGGCUACAAGCAUUACAGUAUGUCCAACUCGAAUAGUCAACCCGACCUACACCGCCCUCGGACCAUACCCUACCGACUGGACAUGGGGAUGUCCUCCGGGCUGGCUAUGUAAACCUCUUCAGGAGAAUUGCAAUUUCGAGGCUGGUAUUCCGGACCGGAACUUUUACUGUAGUCCGAAUGAAUGCAUCCCCGCGAACGCGUUGCCUUCACCGCUGCCUACGUGGGACCAGGACAUAUAUGGAAAUGUCACUCCUGCAACAGAUCCCGCACUGCAUAUCAACGCGAUCAACGGUUACUUCAACAUUAACCCGACCGACUUCGGGCUAACCUACGAGAUCUUUAUCGUGAACGAGGUCAUCACUCUUACCACUACAAUUCUACUUCCCCCAAGUCCCACUGUUGCAGCAAGACAAGCGCAGACCAGCGUCCCAGGGGCUUGUUAUCCUUGGUGCAAUAACUGUCUAUUGGAAGCCCAGGCGAAUGGGAAGACGUCGGCACUCUGUGUCCCCGGCUCGGCGUUUGAGGUAUCUCUAGACCAAUGCGAGCAGUGUAUUGAUUACCACAAGUCCGACAACAGUGCCAGCUUUGUGCAGAUUGCACCACAGUUCCAACAAUUCCUCGAGUACUGCGACCAAUUCUCUACGAUUGUCGUGAGCACCUCUGUUACAGCGACCUCGACCAAUGCCGUAGGAUCAAGCUACAGCGUGGUGACCGGGACACUAUCGACAACCGUGACUCCAAAGAGCUUUCUGCCUCCGCCAUCGCCCAAUACCCAGCCGACGUCGGUUGUGCCGGUGUCGUCGACUACCGCUUCCACACCGCCAAUUUCAUCGAUGUCAGCUCAUCCGUAUGAAACGACAGAAACAGUCCUGACAACGACAUGGUCACAUAGCACGGUUUCCGGACCCGCGUGGUCACAAAUAACCAUUAUCAUGCCCGUGAGUGAUAAUAGGACGACCACGCUGUUCGGCAUUGAUUUGAAGGCCGCUGGCGCCGUUCUCGUUCUGCCCACCUCGCCGACCACGAGCUCUUAUACCACGACGAUGACAGUUACUCCGGGCGCGCAAGUCUCGUCUGGGUCGAUUCUUUCCUCGACGACCUCCGGCUCCUCAGGCGCUUCAGGCACAACGACUGGUUCAUCGACUGGUUCAUCUUCCACUUUCACCGGAGCAGCAGCCGCCCUCAGAAUCUCAUCCACAGAUAUCGACCUGCGAUCGACAACGCUCGGGUUAGCUAUUUGCUUGGCAUUAAUGCUCCUGCUGUAG